CAUUAAACCAUCUCUUCUUUUUCACUCUCUCUACUUUAGAACCUCAUUAAACCCUCCCUCUCUCUCUCUCUCUCUCUCUACAUAGAAAAGCAAAAGCUAGAGGAAGAGGAGAGAGAUUUCCAGUGAAAAGGAGAGGCGUCGUAUCCGUGUCUCAGAUCUCUCUCCCAAACCUCCAAUCGCUUUAUCAGUAUCGCCAAAAUGGGCCAGAAAUCGUUGAUCUACGCCUUCGUAUCUCGUGGAACUGUAAUUCUUGCCGAGUAUACAGAAUUCAGUGGCAAUUUCAAUUCCAUAGCGUUUCAGUGCCUUCAGAAACUCCCUGCGACCAACAACAAAUUCACUUACAACUGCGAUGCCCAUACCUUCAAUUACCUCGUUGACAACGGCUACACAUACUGCGUAGUUGCAGAUGAAUCAGCAGGAAGACAAGUACCAAUGGCUUUUCUGGAGCGUAUCAAGGAAGACUUCAUGGCAAAAUAUGGCAAUGGAAAAGCCACCACUGCUGUUGCCAACAGCCUUGACAAGGAAUUUGGUCCAAAACUAAAGGAACAUAUGCAAUAUUGUGUUGAUCAUCCUGAAGAGAUAAGCAAGCUUGCAAAGGUGAAAGCUCAGGUUUCAGAAGUUAAAGGGGUCAUGAUGGAGAAUAUUGAAAAGGUUUUAGAUAGAGGCGAAAAAAUUGAACUUCUGGUGGAUAAGACUGAGAAUCUUCAUCAACAGGCACAAGACUUUCGAACCUCAGGGACAAAGAUCCGUAGGAAAAUGUGGCUGCAGAAUAUGAAGAUCAAGCUGAUUGUUCUGGGAAUACUGAUUGCUUUGAUCUUGAUCAUAGUCCUAUCUGUUUGCAAAGGAUUCAACUGUGGAAAAUGAGUGCCAUCUCUGAAGGCUUCAUAUAUUAUCAGAGCUUUUUGUGAGUUAAAGGUGAAUAUAUUGAAUUUAUUGUCAUGACUGUGUGUGUAGUAAACAAACAGCAAUUUGGUACUUUUGUAGAACAAAGUUAAUUUUGUAUGUCAAUGACGGUAACCUUUAUACUAUCAUUAGAAUGUUUUUAGCAUAUUAUUGUUGGAUUGCUCUUGUGACUUGGAUAACAAGAUAUAAUUCUGUCACAAAUAUGAAUAUACCUCUUGUUUAGGA